AGGAGGUAUAAAGGAGCUGAGCGGAGCCGUCAGAGCGUUUCUGUGUCUGCAGGCUGACACCAUGAUUCAGGCUCUGCUCCUCGUGCUGCUGCAGCUCGCAUAUGUUUUCGGGUGUGGCACACCUGCUGUAAAGCCGGACACCAGCAGGGUGGUGAACGGAGAGGAUGCUCGCCCCCACAGCUGGCCCUGGCAGAUCUCCCUGCAGGUGAAGCACGGCAGCCGUUACCAUCACACCUGUGGAGGGACUCUGAUCGGACCCCGCUGGGUGCUGACGGCUGGACACUGCAUCUGGCCUGGAGAUGUGUACCGCGUGGUCCUGGGAGAGCACAGCAUGAGUCUGCAGGAGGGCACCGAGCAGAUUAGAGAUGUUCUGCGUAUCAUCGUGCAUCCACAGUGGGACAUCGACUUUGUGUCUGACGGAAACGAUAUGGCUCUGCUGAAGCUGGAUAAAAGCCCCAUCAUGAACGACAGCGUCGGUGUAGCGUGUCUGCCUCAGGCCGGAGAGAUCCCUGCUCACGGAGCAUCGUGCUACAUCUCCGGCUGGGGAAACCUUUACUCUUAUGGUCCCAUGCCUGAUAAGCUGCAGCAGGCCCUGCUUCCUGUGGUGGAGUACAGCGUGUGCAGCCGCAGCGACUGGUGGGGCAUCAACGUCAAACCCAGCAUGAUCUGUGCAGGAGGAGACAUCGUGGCUGGAUGCAACGGAGACUCCGGCGGUCCACUCAACUGUCUGGGUCAGGAUGGCAGGUGGUACGUUCAGGGCGUCACCAGCUUCGUCUCCUCUCGUACCUGCAAUGAAGUGAAGAAGCCGACCGUGUUCACCCGCAUCUCCGCCUUCACAGACUGGCUCAGUGAGGUGAUGUUGAAAUACUGAGAGUCUACUCCAAAUCAACUCAUCAACUCUGGAAUAUAAUGACAGCCAAAGUUUCCCUUUUAGUUUUUUUUCAGUUUCAUGUUAAACACCGAUCAAAAAUGUCAUUAUGAUCUUUAAUGUAAGAAUCUAAGUAAAAGAAAAAAAUCAUGGUAUUACAAUCAUUGUCCCACAGUAAAAUGAACCUUCCUGUGUCAUUCCUCAUUUUACAACAGGCUGUAAAUUAUUAACAAUGCAUUUUAUUUUCAUCUGCAUGAAUAGAAAGUUACUAAGUGCAAAUUCCUGGUUGCUUAAGUUCAGAUUUUUAGGUAUAUUUUUUUAAGAUGUAAUUUUGACUUGAAUCUGCAUGUUUGCACAUUUUAGUCCUUACAUUUUCUGGUACUGAGCGAUUUAUUUUUCUGCACUUGUGGGGAAUAAUUUUAAUUUGUUUUUUUUUCAUCAUUACACACGGCCUUUACAACAACAUGACUAAUUUCAACCUUCGUGAAUGAGAAAAAUUACAUUAACUAUAUGACUCUUUGGUGUAGCCCUAAUUGCAUAUCAUACAUGAAUGAUGUUACAUGAUGAAAAAAACGUUUGAGACGUGAAAAAACUUAAGAGAGGGGAACUCAGCUGCAAAGAGAAACAUCCAAUCAAUGUGAUGUGCAAAGUUAUUAAAGGCUACACUGUGA